AAUGAUAAAGUUGGGACAGUACUUCGUUCCAUGCUUAGUCAGGUCACAGAUAGUGCACCGUGAUCUCCUGAGAUGUGUAUCUAUGUCAAGCCUUUUAUUUGCCGGACAUAACAAAUGGUCAAAGGUUAAGAAUAUUAAAAUACCAUUAGAUAUCCAGAAAAAUAGGGAGUUCCAAGUUGUCAUCAAUCAAAUAAAUACAAUUAUUGCUGAAACUAAAAACUCUGAUAUCGAAAAGAAUCAUAAGCUCAAAAGAGUCUAUGAACGCUCUCUGGAGGCAGGUUUUGGUAAAGCCAAGCUUUUGAAUGCCAUUCAAAAUGCAACAAAAGUUAGAGUAUCGCAGGAAAAUUACAAAAUUACUGCAGCUGCGCUAGGAGUUCAUUUCGUAGUGAAAACGUAUACAACCAUACAAGAAGAUGCAAUUGUGUUAAAUAGAAAGUUGCGGAAGUUCUGCGAGAAGGCAAAUCUUAAGAAGGCUAGUUUGAGUCUUUCCGAUGUAUCCCCAGACGAUGUUUUUGAACCCAAAGUGAUGGCUUGUAUCACAACUAACUCAGAGGAAUCUAUCGACGAAGAUAAAGCGUUUGAAAUUGGCUUGGACGCAGAAGCGGAGGAUGUAGAGUUCAAUGAAGAGAGAAAUGAGUGGAUAUUCGUGAAGUCAGGGUUGCAGCUUGAAAGAAUGAAAACAUUGUUAGAAAAACAGGCGGAUGUUGAGUCUUGUGAAACAGUUUUUGUUCCCUAUAUGCCCAUCACACUAUCACCGGAGAAUUAUGGGAAAGCAGAAUCUUUGUUUGUUGAGCUGAAUUCAUUUGAUCAUGUUACAAACGUUUUUAAAAAUUAUGUUGACGAUAUUUCAUGAAUAUAAGUUUAUUAUGUGUUUGA